UUAUAUCUCACGAUAGAUUCGUAUUGAGUAUUUUUUUCGGAAAUUUUGAUUUUUUAAAGUAGCUCAUUUGAUCAGAGAUGCGCUCUGUUGCUUCGAACAACGCGGUUGACUGAAGAAUAUAAACCGCAAUUGAAGUUUAAAAAUGGCGACGCACAGUGUUAAGUUGGAACAUUGUGAGGUGUGUGGAAGAAAGAAUGCCAAAUACACGUGUCCCAAAUGUGAGGUUAGAACAUGCUCUUUGGAUUGCGUCAAAAUACACAAAAAAGAAUUAUCCUGUGAUGGCAUUCGGGAUAAGACGAAAUAUGUGCAUAUCAAAGAAUUCACAGAUCUAGAUAUCUUGAGUGAUUAUCGGCUACUUGAAGAGGUUGGUAGAUCUGUUGAUUCUUUCCAAAGAGAUCCGUCGAAAAAAUAUACGAGGGAACGUGAUUUACCAGUGCAUUUGCACAAAUUAAAAACAGCUGCGAAUCAGAGGGAUACUAGAUUAGAGUUCUUGCCACAAAACUUUACUCGGCAUAAAGAAAACACAACUUAUUACAAAUGGAAGACAAGAGAAUUGUUUUGGAGGGUAGAAUGGAUUUUUCCACAGGCAGAAAAUAUGAAACACAUUGAAACUCGUGUUCUAGAAUCUGAAAGGUUGUCCACAUUACUAGAAAGAGUAUUAGAUCCUUUGGCAGAGAAAGAUGUAAGUAAUGAUACCAUUGAGGUGAUGAAUUUGAAGAUUAUGCACAGAGACAGGUUACAAUAUUAUCGAGCAGCUGGUCUCAACAACAUAAAAAUUCUUCUCAAAGCUGAGAAAGUGAAGAAAUGCGAUUCCAGGUUUCAUGAGUUAGAUUUCACAGAAACAUUGCAAGAAAAUUUACAAAAGAAAACAAUCAUAGAAUUUCCUGUGUUGUACGUGAUUCUCAAAGAUCAUAUGGAUAUGUAUGAGGUUCUGGAUACCGAUGAAGAAAUGGAUGAAAAGAAUGAAGAAAUACAGGAACCUGAAUAUUCCAAACGAAAUCUCAAGAGAAAACAUCAGACUCGUCAAAAGGACCCUAAGCAAAAUCAAAGUGUGCCGGUUAAUUUUUUUUUUGACAAUGAUCUAACUGAUUCGGAAAAUGAAAGAAUGGAAAUUGACAAAGUAUGAGGUACUGGAGCCCAAAAUCCAAGGUAAAAUACAUUUAAAUGAACACUGAGAAUUCAAUAUGCAUUGAUAUUUUAUUGUAAAUAGAACAUUCAAUAGAAUCGUAAAAUUGAAUUGCAUACAAAGACAAUAACUUUAAUUGUAAUGUGUACAGUCCAUUAUGUUACACAUAUUUCGUGAAUUCCUGCUCCAUCAGCGAUGCUCAUUGCUUCUGAUAUAACACCCAAAAAUACUUGUACCAUAUGGAAUAAUAAAUAAUUUCAUUGGACUUUCUAA